AUGUUGCCUUCACAAAAAAAAGUUAUUCGUCUGCGAGGAGAUUAUAGUAGAGAUACAUUCGUUCCUUCAUUAGACUUGGUUAUGAAUAUACAUACUCAGAUAUUAUCAAUUUUUGAAAAUGCAAAAUGUAAUGAAAAGAUAUGUAUGAUUUCAUCAGAUCGUGUUGAAAUUGCACAAACAGCUGUUAAAUCAUUGCGACGAAAAUAUCAAUUGAUGGAUGUCAUGAAGGAUGAAAUUAAUGUUGAAAUAAGAUUAGCAAUAACGGAAGUUACUAUGUUGAAAUCAAAGCAGACGAUCUCAAUUUAUAAAUAA